CUUCCUGUAGCCGAUGUUAGCUAACAGCUAACAGCUAACACCGGGAGGACCGGGACAGUCCGGGGACACGGUCCAGAUCAGCCGGGCUCGACCCACUGUGACCGGGGAGACGGGGCUACACCAACCGGGUGUAACUGGUUUAACUGGGAGCUAACAUGCGAACAGCUGCGUUAGCUUCAUGAGAUACCGUGAGAACUGGCGUACUCACAGUUACUACAGUGACUACAGUAACUGACUGUAGUUCUAAGUGUAUUAAUGCAUGACUGUAGUAAUGUGUGUACUACAGUAUUAACGCUGUCAGACAGGAUGAGCUCUCGAGGAGGAGGCACCUCUCUGACUCGCCGCAACUACAGACUGUCAUCAGACAGUGACAAGGCCAGAGCUACAGGUAUCGUGAAUGAGAAGCUGCUCAGUGAUUAUCUCCAUCACGUGUUUCCUUCAACCAAACAUGGACCAGUCGCCUCCCUCAGGAAGCCUCUUGGUUUCCAGGAUCUUGGUGGCCACCUUGAGAACCUUCUGUCAGAAGAAGAACCUUCAGAGGAAAUCCGAGAUCAGCCUGUGGAGGGUCGUCUGGGACCUCAGCCGGUGGUCCUCGAUCACACCAGUGGAUUUGAAGGUCUCCUGUUUGUCGAUGACGACCUGCUCGGGGUCAUAGGUCACAGCAACUUCAGCUCCAUCAGAGCCACCACUUGUGUUUAUAAAGGGAAGUGGGCGUACGAGGUUCUGAUCUCCUCACAGGGUCUGAUGCAGAUCGGCUGGUGUACCCUGAACUGUCGCUUUAACCAGGAGGAGGGUGUAGGUGACACACCUGAUUCUUAUGCGUACGAUGGAAACAGAGUGAGGAAGUGGAACGUGACGACCACAAACUACGGGAAGGCUGCAAUGAUUAUGAUGGCGGAUGUUUCCUCUCAGUCGUGGGCGGCAGGAGACAUCGUCAGCUGUCUGAUCGACCUGGACGAAGGAACCAUCACAUUCUGCUUGAAUGGACAGUCUCUGGGCACAGCCUUCACCAACAUAAAGACGGGCCCGGGCGUGGCCUACUUUCCCUCCAUCAGUUUGUCCUUUAAAGAGUCAGUGGCUUUUAACUUCGGCAGUCGGCCGCUGAGGUAUCCUGUGGACGGUUACCUGCCGCUGCAGAACCCCCCGACCUCUGACCUGCUGAAAGCUCAGAAGCUGCUUGGAUACGUCAAGAACGUCCUCUGCAGCGCCAUCGACACUCAGGAGGACAGGCUGCUGGAGACGGAUUGUGCGAUGUGGAGUCUUAAUGGAGAACCGACAGUCCUCAUCACUCUGGCUCACAUCUUCAACCACUUUGCUCCUCUCAUGUGUAAGGUGUACCUGGUGGAGGACGUGCUGAUGAACUUCCUGUUGGGGAUUCUGGAGGGAGGAGGUUCAGUUGAUGAACAUCCACUGAUACAACAACUACUGGACCUGUUCUGGCUGCUGAUGGAGGACUAUGAAGUGAACGAGUGUCUGAAGCAGUUGAUGAUGUCACUUCUCAGAGCCUAUCGGUUCUCUCCCAUCAUCCCGGACCUCGGCUUCCAGAUCCACUACCUGCGUCUGACCACGGCCGUCCUGCACCAUGAGAAGUCCAGGAAGUACCUGCUCAACAACGUCUUGUUCGACGUCCUGCGAUCCGUCGUCUUCUUCUACAUCAAGACUCCGCUGAGGGUGAAGGAGGCGGGGCUUGAAGAGCUCAUCCCCACCACCUGGUGGCCAACUCAUUUCGACAAGGAGGGUAAAGACGAGCGGGAGUGUAAGGAUGAGAGUCCAGACGAGCGUCUGAGGCGUCGGGCGUACGAGCGAGGCUGUCAGAGGCUGAAGAAGAGGAUAGAAGUGGUGGAAGAGUUGCAGGUUCAAAUCCUGAGGCUGCUGCUAAAUAACAAAGACAAAACGACGGGAGAAGCGUCUCGUUAUAUUUUCCUCAACAAGUUCCGGAAGUUCCUGCAGGAGAAUGCCAGUAACAGAGGGCACCCCACAGCUCUGUGUCCUCCUGAGUACAUGGUGUGUUUCCUGCACCGCCUCAUCACGGCGGUGAGAACCUGCUGGGACGAAGGGAACAGGAAGUCUCUGGGCAGCGUGAGGAGUGAAGAGGCGUACGUCCCCCCUCAGCUCUUCUACAAUGGGAAGGUGGAUUACUUUGACCUUCAAAGACUGGGGGGGCUCCUCUCCCACCUCAAGAAAACACUCAAAGAUGAUUUGGCGAGUAAAGCCAACAUCAUCAUCGACCCUGCAGAGAUCCAGGCCGCGUCCAUGGACGACCUGGACGAGGACGAGGAGAGCGGAGCAGCACAGAGGCCGUUCGGGGCAGCGAUGGGCGGAGCUCUGGCGAGGCCCAGCUGGUUGAGUUCUCCCACUUUGGGACGGGCCAACCGGUUCCUGAGCACGGCCGCCGUCAGCCUGAUGACCCCCAGACGACCCCUGACGCAGCCCGAGAAGGUGAAGGUCCGCACGCUGGCUGUGGAGCAGAGGACGGAGGAGGACAUCGAGGGUAGCCAUGGUAACGAUGGCCUGUUGCUGGGGCGACCAGUGGAGGAGCCCGAGCAGCCAUUGGCCGACAAGUCGCUGCUGGAGAUCGUGGACGGGAUCGUGAUGAUGUACAACCUGAGCGUCCACCAGCAGCUGGGGAAGAUGGUGGUGGUUUCAGACGACGUCCAUGAAUACGCUGUGGCACUGAAGGACACAGAGGAGAAGAUCGCUCGCUGCCCCGCACGAAGAUCAGACAUCCUGGACGAGCUGCAGAAGAGUCAGAAGGUUUUCUCAGAGAAGCUGAAUCACCUCAGCAGGAGACUGGCCUGGAUCAACGCCACCAUCUACUCCAAGGAGAAGAUGCUGGAUGUGUACUGGCUGCUGUGCGUUUGCAUUCGCACAAUCGAACACGCAGACAACACGGGCUCCUUGUUCGCCUUCACUCCUGAGUUCUACCUCAACGUGGCCAUGAACGCCUACAGCGCCCUGAAGAACUACUUCAGCCCGGCCAACAGCAUGGAGGAGCUCCCAGGUUACGAAGAGACACUGACUCAGCUGGCUGCCAUCCUCGCCAAACACUUUGCUGAUCCACGCAUCGUCGGAACAGACAUUAAAGAUUCUCUGAUGCAGGCCCUCGCCAGCUACGUCUGCUACCCACAAUCCCUCAGGGCAGUGGAGAGGAUCCCCGAGGAGCAACGAGUCGCCAUGAUGAGGAACCUGCUGGCUCCGUAUGAACAGAGACCGUGGGCCCAGACCAACUGGAUCCUGGUCCGACUGUGGAGGGGUUGUGGUUUUGGAUACAGAUACACUCGUCUUCCUCACCUCCUGAAAACCAAACCUGAGGACGCCAACCUUCCCAGUCUGCAGAGUAAGUGACAUCUGUGACCAUCA